GUCUCCACCCUACAUUCUGUCCUGGCCCAGUAUAUCAUCCAGGUCUGCUGCUGCUCCUCUGCCCUGGGACGUCUGGCCUCCUGACCACGCAGCACCGUGGUUCAAAUGUCUGCAGAGCUGAGAAAGUCAUCACUUCUUCCACACACUUCAGAGGGAUCUGACAGCGCUCUGAGAGUGAAGAUGGAAGAGGAAGAGCAGACCUGUGAUCUGGACUCCCACCUCCCCUGGAGCAGCUGCUGCAGCCCAGAGACCUUCCGCCAGUGGUUCAGGCAGUUUGGCUACCAGGAGUCCCCUGGUCCCCGGGAGGCUCUGAGCCAGCUCCGGGAGCUUUGCCAUCAGUGGCUGAGGCCAGAGGUGAACACCAAGGAGCAGAUCCUGGAGUUGCUGGUGCUGGAGCAGUUCCUGGCCAUCCUGCCUGAUGAGCUACAGGCCUGGCUUCGAGAGCGCCGGCCUGAAAAUGGAGAGGAGGCCGUCACUCUGCUGGAGGAGCUGGAGAAGGAGCUUGAUGAGCCAGCUGAGCAGGUCCUUUUUGGACAAAGUGAGGACAAGCUUGCAGAGAAACUGGCAUCUUGGGAAAUCACUCAGGAGUCACCAUGUAGCCGGAUCAAGUCCGUAAAGCAGCAGCUGCCAUUGGCUUCAAGGGAGUUCUACUCAAGACAAAAAGCUAAAGACACGAAAACUACAAAUGUGAAUUCAGCUUCAACACAAAAGACUUCUCCAGGUAUAGAACUGCAUUCCACUAUUUCCAACACCCUUCAUCUGGACGCUCCCCAGAGUUGCACAUAUAGAAGAGCCUGUGAACAAGAUGGCAACUUUGAAAGAAGACGGAGAAACCCUUUUGGAAAAAAACAACACAAGUGUGAUGAAUGUGGCAAAGUCUUCAGUCAAAGCUCAGCCCUCAUACUCCACCAGAGAAUCCACAGCGGGGAAAAGCCUUAUGCGUGUGAUGUGUGUGCAAAGGCUUUCAGCCGGAGUGCCGUCCUGAUUCAGCAUCGAAGAACACACACUGGGGAAAAACCCUACAAGUGUCAUGAAUGUGGGAAGGCCUUUAGUCAGAGCUCAAAUCUUCUCAGACAUAGGAAAAGACACACGAAAGAAAAAGUCCCAUCAGCAUUGUAAGGGAAUCAAAGCAUUUGCUCAGAGGUUUUUCAGCGGGAAAAGACACAAAGCACAAACACUCUUUUAGUAUUUCAGUGGUUUUAGUGGGCAUUAGUUUGCUUUCAAAAGUCAUGAAAGCUUCAGGAGAGAAUGUAAAAUAUCUUCUGUCAACAUUGUUUGCUCUUCUGCUUGUCAAUUCAGUGUCGAUUCAGAUGUUUGAGAUUCGAAAGCUUAAUUCAUAUUUCUAUCCCUAGGGCAGCUCUUGAACAGACAUUCCCAAGCAUGUUCUAUCUCCAUUACUAAUACAAAUCAUGAACUAGCACAUUUCUCUUUAGACAAGUUUUCCCUGUUGAGAAGGAAUGUGUGUAUUACUCAGUAUAAAAAUAAGUAUCUUCCUCCAUUCCAUAAUGAACAUUGGAAUUCCCAGACCAAAGAUUAGAGCAUGUUAAAAAUUUUCACCAUUUGUUUUUUGUUACCAGAUUCAAAAUCUGAGAAUAGGGUUGAGGAGGCCCAAAAGAAUGUGUACUUUCACAUUAUUAUUAUUGUUAGGGGGUAGAUGAAUAAAGACAUCUACUCUCUUAUGAAAAUUCACAAAAGUCUACACUAUUGAUGAUACUAAGUAGUUUGCUUUUUUUUAAGACUUAUUUAUUUUUAGAGAGAAUGUGUGUGUGAGUUAGGGGGAGGUGCAGAGGGAGAGAGAAUCUCAAACAGACUCCCCUGCUGAGUGAAGAGCCCACGACCCUGAGAUGAUGACCAGAGCCAAAAUUAAGAAUUAGAUGCCUAACCAACUGAGCCACCCAGGGGCCCCCUAAGGAGUUUUCUAUGUAGGAAAAAAAUAAUCUCCUUUACAAUGUAAUUUGGAAAUAAUUCAGUGAAAACAGUAAGAUGGCUCUACAUGUCUAAGGGAAUGGCAUAGGAAUGUUGUAAUAAACAGAGCUAUCUAUGGGUGCUUAUAUAAGGUUCAUGAGCAUGUUAAAAUGAAAAAAGGGAGAUGAAGAAAGACUGUCCAAAUAAGACUGAUAGAACACAAAUAUGAGCAAGCGUGGUCUGUAAUGGAGACUUGUGCCACAGCUUACAUGGAAAAGGAAACCCUUAGCAGCUGACAGGUCUCCUUUGGUGUUCUUCAAGGCCCCUUUUCCGGCAUAAAUCAGCUGUGAGCAUGUUUCAGGCAUCUCAAGACAAGCUUUUCAGGGUCUUAUGUACGUUCUCAGUAAGGUCUGUUUCUAGACAAACUGUCUAGACACCAGCCCCUGGGUUUUGAUGCUCUUCCACAAAAUUCUAAAGUUUAGUUUUAAGAGUCCACUGAGUUUUGCCCAUAUUUACGUCAAUCAGAUUUCCUGUUUAAAAUGACUGAUUAAAUGUUAUUACAAUUAUUCUGACAGUACACAACAUGAUGUUCCCUUUUCUAGGGAAUCUUGAUAAAACUGUAUUACAAGAAUACAUGCAUUAAAAUGUGUUCUAUGAAAAAAAAAAAUGUGUUCUAUGGGUUCUAAUAUAUGCAUUAAUGUGUUCUAAUCAUAUGUUCUAAUUAAUCUAAUUAAUCCAAUAUCUAAUUAUGUGUUCUAAUACAUGCAUUAAAAUGUGUUCUAUGUUCUA